GUCACAUUCAUCGAUGGCGGUGCCCACCAUGCAGGACGACAACGACGAUGCGAUCCUGUAUGAGCUCUCCGUCGUACAAAAGGAGCUCCUGGCAAAUCUUGCCGCAAGCCACGUUGGUGUCGGGCCCAACGCACACGCGGUGCUCAGCAGCUCGAUGCCCCUCGUCGCCCAGCUCCGUGCCCUGGCGCGCAGGGCCCACGACGAGGUGCGCCGGGGCAAGCAGGCCGUGGCAGAGGCGCGCGCCGGCCUGGAGCUGGCCUCGCUCGAGCUGCAGAACCUGCAGUACGAGAAGCGGCACCUCGAGUCCGAGAUUACUACCUGUCGCGACUUUCGCUCCAUCUACGACACCAUCGAGUUGACGGACAUGGACGACUUUUGCGCAAGGGCCGACGAGGCCGACAGGACCGCCGACAUUCUGGCCGACGCGCACAAGCUGCAGCUCGCCCGGCUGCGCUUCGAGCUGCAGGAGAGAAAGCGGCUCGAGGCAGAGAAGCAAGCACUGCAUUCCAGGCGCGCUGCAAUGCAGGCCGAGAACCGGGAGCGGAAAAAGAGGCUCGAGGGCCUCGAAGCCGAUCUCAAGGACAUGCUGGCGCGCAGCAGCCUCGUCACGCGGCGCUUCGUCGAUGACAAGAAGCAGGACACAGGGCUGCAGCCGGGCCACGAGGAGCAGCAGGACAAGGACACGGCUGCAGCUGGCGAGGAGCAGGACGUCGAGAUGCAACAGACCAGCGACCAGUAGCAAAAUAUCCACCAUCUGUAUUUUUAGUAUUAUUGCAAUCCAAUCCAAUCAUGCGGCAGGC